CGGCGGGCGGGCGGGCGAGCCUCCCCUCCACGCCCGCGCCCGCCCGCGCCCCGCUCCGGGGGACGGGGAGGAAGGCGAGAGCAGCAGGAGUCUGGGGGCCACCGAAGAUGGGGAACACUACCUCGUGCUGCGUGUCGUCCAGCCCCAAGCUCCGGAGGAAUGCCCAUUCCCGGCUGGAGUCCUACCGGCCCGACACGGACCUGAGCCGCGAGGACACGGGCUGCAACCUGCAGCACAUCAGCGACCGGGAGAACAUCGACGAUAGACCAAUGGAUUUUAACCUAACAGACCAUCCCCGGUCUUCCCCCGUCUGGUCACGCCUUGCCUCAUUUUCAAAGGAAGAAUUGAGAGAAAAACGCAAGAGUCUCUUCAUUAACCAUCAUCCUCCAGGACAAAUAGCGAGGAAAUACAGUUCCUGCUCCACUAUUUUCCUAGAUGAUAGCACAGUCAGUCAACCAAACCUCAAGUAUACAAUUAAAUGUGUAGCUCUCGCAAUAUAUUACCACAUCAAAAACAGGGACCCAGAUGGAAGGAUGCUCUUAGAUAUUUUUGAUGAAAACCUUCACCCUCUCUCGAAAUCCGAAGUGCCACCAGAUUAUGAUAAACACAACCCAGAGCAGAAGCAGAUUUACCGUUUUGUUCGGACACUGUUCAGUGCUGCUCAGCUGACGGCCGAAUGUGCCAUUGUCACCCUGGUAUACCUUGAAAGACUUUUAACAUAUGCAGAGAUAGACAUCUGUCCGGCCAACUGGAAGCGGAUUGUUCUAGGGGCGAUCCUGCUGGCCUCCAAGGUUUGGGAUGACCAGGCUGUGUGGAAUGUGGACUAUUGCCAGAUCCUGAAAGACAUCACGGUGGAGGACAUGAAUGAGCUAGAGCGACAGUUUCUUGAAUUGCUCCAGUUCAACAUCAAUGUUCCUUCCAGUGUUUAUGCCAAGUAUUAUUUUGAUCUUCGUUCUCUGGCAGAAGCAAACAACCUGAGCUUUCCCUUGGAGCCCCUGAGCAGGGAGAGGGCUCACAAGCUUGAGGCCAUCUCUCGCCUCUGCGAGGACAAGUACAAGGACCUGCGUCGACCCACGAGGAAGCGGUCAGCGAGUGCUGACAAUCUGACUCUGCCAAGGUGGUCCCCCGCCAUCAUCUCCUAACCGUGGGGGUCCCCACUGGAGGCCGUGCCAUCCCUCAGUUUCUCCUUUAGUGUGAGAAAAGACAGACUGGGGGUGGUUUUGUUUUUGUUUUCCUUUCCUUUUCUUUUUUAAUUCAUAGCUCUGUCAGGCUGCCUUGAUGACCGCCUCCAAGCUGUGUGGCCCACUCCCACGCAGCAAGGCCUCGAGGGAAGCGAAAUCAGUAUUCUGGAAAUCCUGUUUCAUGCCCUUCCCCAUCGUCAUUAACAGCACUUCCCUCAUGGAGGAAAAAGACUCUCAUCCUGGAGAAGGAAACAAAGGGAAAGGGAAGUCGUGUAGAGGCAGGGAAAAGGUUAAAUGGCUUGGCCAUUUCUUAAGUCCCUGUCUGGUCUGUAGAUGAACACGAUGGAAAAACACAGCAGUAGGUAACAAAGUUGGAUGUGCAUUAAAGACAAAAGUGUGCGUUUAUCCACCUCCAUCUGGAUCAGUAUGUUCUGUAAGACUUCUUGCAUUCCUUCUAGCUGCUUUUUGGGAUUUGGGGGAUUUUUGUUUGUUUUUAUUGUUUUGGUUUUGGUCCCACAGAGCAGAGAAUAUAGUUUGUACCCACCAUGGCACAGACAUCCAAAUAAAUAGUACUGGUUGUUUCUCUCUGCACUAUUCCUGUGAGCUGUCUUCUGAGCUUUCUUCCUCACAAGUGGGAUGCGCUUGUUAUAUUUCUGUACUCCUUCAUUUUAUACAGUUUUUCUUCAACGGUGGCAAAAUUAACUUGACUGUAGUGCUGAACCAAAAGUAUCCCUUUUCCUCCUUAUUUCCCACCCCAAGAAAAUUCUAGAUCACAUGGGUGCUUGUGCCUUCCAGUUUAUUUGCAGUUGUUUUUUUAUUUUGUUCUCUGACCUGAAGUCGUAGUUACAAAUCAGUCAGAUUUUGUGGGCUGAAGGAAACAGUGUGCAGCAGAGGGUGUUCUCUGGGUGAGGUUUUUUCCAGAGUGCUAGGUGUCUGCCUGCAGUUACUGAGUAGGAGCCAUUUCUCUGUACCCCCUGCCCAGUUCAUUCCUCUACUUCCAUGUCCAUUGUUGCAAGCAAUAUUCUUCUCAACUUUUAUAUGUUUACUUUAAAUCAAAGUUAGUCUAUUUGUAUAAAA